AUGUAUAUCAAGUUUAAUUGGGCAUCCGUGCUCUGUACAUUGAUAUGGCUACAGUUUGCAGCAGCCAACAAGGGUACCAUUACCGAUAAGCGCAAUGAAAUCUGUAGUGGAAUGUACUCCAAGAAGGAUUGGAGCGGUCGUGUAGAUCCGUAUAUAUCGUUCAAUUUACAAAAAUUGAGCGAUGAAGGUGUGUCUGUUGUAGUCUUUGAUUUCCAGGACUACAUUCACAUUGGUGCAACAGAUGCUGCUGGGAACACACAAUACAUUUGCACGGACGAGGCUAUCAGAGAGGAAUUGUGUACUGAAGAACAAAAGGACAAGUUCAUCAUUCAAAAGGAGGUGUAUGAUCCAGAGACCGGAAAGAACAGAACUCUUGCUACCAAUAUUCAAACCUUUUUCGUAAACCAAACGGGCAUGGUGAAGGACAAGUACGAAGUUAAAAAGACAGGUUACUAUUGUAUUGCUACAUAUCCUAAAUCCGAAGGUGGUUCAUACAAGGCUGAGAUUAAUUUCAGAAACAGUUUUGGUAAUUUAGCGGCCGCUGAAAUCAAUAAACUACCACUAUAUGGGCUUUUGGCUAUCUUUUAUGUGGUUGCUAUGGCUUUGUACAUGUUUGCCUUCUGGAAGCACAAGCACGAACUAUUGCCUUUGCAAAAAUACUUGCUAGCCGCAUUUGUAUUCUUGAUGAUUGAUUCAAUCUUUAUUUGGGGUUAUUACGACUUAAAGAACACAAAGGGUGAUACUGCCGGUACUAAGGUAUACAUGGUGGUUGUUUCUAUCUUGAAUUCAGCAAAAAUUACCAUGAGUCUUUUCUUAGUUUUGGUGGUCUGCAAAGGGUACGGUGUUGUAUACCCUAAGUUAAAUAAGACAACCAUGAGACGUGUCCAAUUCUUUGCAGUAUUUACAUUUUGCUUAUCCGUGGCUGCUUUGAUUCAAAAUUAUCUAACACCAGCUGAUUCCACAUCUUUGAAGCCACUUUUCACCUUUGUUCCAUUGGGUAUUUGUUUCAUGGUAUUUUACUUCCUCAUUUUGGAAUCGCUACAACAAACUGUGAAGUACUUAAAGCAACAAAAGCAGGCAGUUAAAUUGGGCAUGUACAAGAAGUUGAUUAUCAUUUUCUAUGUUGCAUUUUUCGUCAUCUUUGGCGGUGUUAUUCUUUCAUCAUUCGUCUUAAUUGGUAUGGGAACUGUUGAAAUGAUUGAACAACACUGGAGAACCAGAUUCUUCUUUGUGGACUUCUGGCCUUCCUUAGUCUACUUCUGUGUCUUUGUCUCAAUUGCGUUUACAUGGAGACCGACAUCUACAUCGUAUAUGUUGGCUGUAUCCCAGCAGUUACCAACUGAUCCAGAAAAUGUUGCUGACUUUGACUUGGAUGACCUUCAAUCUUUGGAACAAGAAUGGAACCAAGAAUACGAACAACCCGGUGGGUCGAUUCCACAGGAAGCGGAUCUAAAUUUCUCUGAUGAUGAGACUGACAGAAAGAAGACAACACAGCCUCCAGUAUAA